CAAAUAAUGGGGCCUAGACAUGUCCCCUCCCUUGUGUGCUUCUGGUGUCUUGCUUUCCUUCCAUCUCUUUGGUGAGGCCGAACGUGGACUUAAAAAAAAAUAGCAAAGCAGAAAGAGAAAGCGAUCACUCCGACCCCUGGCUUCCGCGCCGCCGGGGAGGGGGCGGAGAAGCUGAGCCAGGCAGAGUCGCUCAGCACCCAGGCGACUCGCGAGUGGCGCGGAGCGACCAGGCUCGCCUUUCUUCUUCUUUCCCCACCGCCUCCUUUUCCCCCCUUCUCUCUUUUCUGCUGGAGGGGGGUGGGGAUAGGGAAGAGAGAUAGAGAAAGGAAAUUUUUUUUCGAAGCAUCCGAGCCAGUGAACCAGCUUGCGGCGGCCCAUGGCUUCGCUGUACCAAAGGUUCACCGGCAAGAUCAACACCUCGCGCUCCUUUCCGGCGCCCCCGGAGGCCAGUCGCCUCCUGGGUGGCCAGGGGCCGGAGGAGGACGCGGGUCCGAAGCCCCUAGGGCCGCAGGCGCAAGCGGCGGCGCCCCGGGAGCGUGGCGGUGCGGGUGGCCGGCCCCGGUUCCAGUACCAGGCUCGGAGCGACUGUGACGAGGAGGACGAGCUGGUGGGGAGUAACCCUCCGCAGAGGAACUGGAAGGGAAUCGCAAUCGCCCUGCUCGUCAUCCUGGCCAUCUGCUCCCUGAUCGUCACCUCCGUCAUCCUGCUGACACCAGCGGAAGAUACUAGUCUGUCUCAGAAGAAGAAGGUGACUGUGGAAGAUCUUUUCAGUGAAGAUUUCAAAAUCCAUGACCCGGAGGCAAAGUGGAUAAGCGAUAAAGAAUUCAUCUAUAGAGAACGGAAAGGGAACGUCAUACUGCGGAAUGUUGAAACCAAUAAUUCUACAGUUUUAAUAGAAGGCAAAAAAAUUGAAUUCUUAAGAGCCGUCAGAUACGAAAUAUCCCCGGAUAGAGAGUAUGCGCUGUUUUCCUAUAACGUGGAACCGGUUUAUCAACACUCCCACACUGGAUAUUAUGUCCUGAGCAAAAUUCCUCAUGGGGACCCUCAGAGUCUGGACCCACCAGAAGUCAGCAAUGCAAAGCUUCAGUAUGCAGGGUGGGGUCCGAAAGGCCAGCAGCUGAUAUUUAUCUUUGAGAACAACAUCUACUACUGCGCACAUGUUGGGAAGCAGGCGAUCCGAGUGGUCUCCACGGGGAAGGAGGGUGUGGUCUACAAUGGCCUCAGCGACUGGCUCUAUGAAGAGGAGAUUUUGAAGAGCCACAUCGCGCAUUGGUGGUCACCAGAUGGCACGAGGCUCGCCUAUGCUACCAUCAAUGACUCUCGGGUUCCUGUUAUGGAGCUGCCGACGUACACAGGCUCUGUCUACCCCACUGUGAAGCCCUACCACUACCCUAAGGCUGGCAGUGAAAACCCCAGCAUCUCCCUCCAUGUCAUCGGCUUGAGUGGACCCACCCACGACCUGGAGAUGAUACCACCUGAUGACCCUCGCAUGAGGGAGUAUUACAUCACCAUGGUGAAGUGGGCCACCAGCACCAAGGUUGCUGUGACCUGGCUGAACCGAGCCCAGAAUGUGUCCAUCCUGACCCUCUGUGACGCCACCACGGGUGUCUGCACUAAGAAACAUGAAGAUGAAAGUGAAGCUUGGCUCCACAGACAGAAUGAAGAACCUGUGUUCUCCAAGGAUGGCCGCAAGUUCUUCUUUGUCAGAGCGAUCCCACAAGGGGGCCGGGGGAAGUUCUACCACAUCACCGUGUCUUCGUCCCAGCCCAACAGCAGCAAUGACAACAUCCAGUCCAUCACCUCUGGGGACUGGGAUGUGACCAAGAUCCUGUCCUAUGAUGAGAAGCGGAACAAGAUCUAUUUCCUGAGCACAGAGGAUCUGCCGCGGAGACGACAGCUCUACAGCGCCAACACAGUCGAUGACUUCAACAGGCAGUGUCUGUCCUGCGACCUCGUGGAGAAUUGCACCUACUUCAGCGCAUCCUUCAGCCAUAACAUGGACUUCUUCUUGCUCAAGUGCGAAGGCCCUGGUGUACCCACUGUGACUGUCCAUAACACCACGGAUAAGAGAAAAAUUUUUGACUUGGAAGCAAAUGAGCAUGUGCAGAAGGCCAUCAGUGAUCGGCAGAUGCCUAAAAUUGAGUACCGGAAAAUCGAGAUAGAAGAUUACAACUUGCCAAUGCAGAUCCUGAAGCCGGCCACCUUCACCGACACGGCCCACUACCCCUUAUUGCUGGUGGUGGAUGGUACCCCAGGGAGUCAAAGUGUGUCAGAGAGAUUUGCGGUGACCUGGGAAACCGUGUUGGUGAGCAGCCAUGGAGCAGUGGUUGUCAAGUGUGACGGCCGAGGAAGCGGCUUCCAGGGAACCAAGCUCCUGCAUGAAGUACGGAGGCGCCUGGGAUUCUUGGAGGAGAAGGACCAGAUGGAAGCUGUGAGGACCAUGCUGAAGGAGCAGUACAUUGACAAGACACGAGUGGCCGUGUUUGGGAAGGAUUAUGGUGGUUACCUGAGCACUUACAUCCUCCCAGCCAAGGGAGACAAUCAAGGCCAGACUUUCACCUGCGGCUCAGCGCUCUCUCCAAUAACAGACUUCAAACUCUAUGCCUCUGCAUUUUCCGAGCGGUACCUUGGCCUCCAUGGACUCGACAACAGAGCAUAUGAGAUGACCAAGCUGGCACACCGAGUGUCCGCACUGGAGGACCAGCAGUUCCUGAUCAUCCAUGCCACGGCUGACGAAAAAAUCCAUUUCCAGCACACAGCUGAGCUCAUCACACAGCUGAUCAAAGGAAAGGCCAAUUACAGCUUACAGAUAUACCCAGAUGAAAGCCACUAUUUCCACAGCGUGGCACUCAAGCAGCAUCUGUACCGGUCCAUCAUCAACUUCUUUGUGGAAUGCUUCAGGAUCCAGGACAAGCUACCCACAGCCACAUCAAAAGAGGAUGAGGAGGAGGACUAAUGUUGCUUGAGACCUAAGCACAGACAUGGCUCUUUCUACAACAAUAUGCAACUGAGGAACCCUCCCCCACCACCACUCUUCCUCCAAGGGCAGUGGAAGUGGGGGUGUCGGCGUUCCGUAGCAUGUGUCUCGAUACUGAAGGCCAUUUGGGUGGGGGCGACAAGCUCUGGUGGGAACCACAUAGCCUGGAACAACCCCACCUCAGCAGCAUCGCCUCCUCCUGGCCCCCAAUGACUGGCACAUCCCAUGCCCUCUCCCCCGAGGGGACAAAGUGAAGGACAAUGACAGUGAGGGCACACUUUGAGCCCUUACGUCCAAGCUUUCUCUCUGUAGCAUUGAGACCCGCCGUCUGCAUUCACACACUGCAUCUGUGCCCUCAACUGUGAGUCCUGUCUGGCUUCCUGUCUGACAGAGCUGUGCCAUGGGAACAGGACAGCAUGGUUGUCUCAGCAGUGUUCAUACAUGCCUGGCCCCUUUCUGUGGUUAGAAGAGCCCCCACUGUCCCUAUCUGCACCCAGAAAACAGGUCUUUUAUGUACAAAGUAAGACUGUAACUCUGCCCAUGGUUAACCUUGUAGAAUUACUUUGUAUUUUUCUAUGGUUUUAACUGGACACCCCACUGUCUCGGCCCCUGGACUGUCUCACUCCGAGCAUUCUUUCUUUCGGUCUUCUGUUGCUUUGCUAUGCUUUCCAUGUCGUACUUGUUUGGAUAAAGAGAUCAUUCUGGAACACCUGCUGUCUCUGUUAGACUUGGUGGAGGUAUUGCAGACACCAAGGACUCAGAGCACCCAGCAGCACUCACUAAAAGCUCAUCAGUCAAACCUUCUUCCCCCUGAGUGGAGCUGGGACUCGCCUAUGGCUCCCCAUCCAUCCCACAUGAACUUAAACUGCUACUCUUUCCCCUCCUUGAUCAGCUGUCUGCUCUCUCCAGGUGACAUUAGGUUAAAAAUCACAAGACAGAAGGUUGGUUCCACUCUUAGGUCUGCUGAGUAAUAAACCGGACCAGGUCAUCACCAGCUGCCCCAGGCUGGCUCCCCCCUCCUGCUCUGACAGUGCCGUCGGUGAGCCCCACCCUCUCUCAGUAGCCUUGUAAGAUACACUACCGACCAGAUGUGUGACCACUGCCACCCAUGUAUAUUUCGUUUCAUUGUAUAUAAAGCAAGAAAUGUGUGUCUGGCGUUGUGCAGUCCCCUCCCCCUCCCAGGCCUAUCCUUGUGUUGAACUUGCAUGCAGACACCUCUCUGGCUGAUCUGGCCUGUCCAGAAGUGCUAGUUUGAAAUAUAUCCAUUGCCAUUAUUUCCUUUCAGGACUUUUGACAACCUGUAUGCUGGUACGAACCACCCCAGGUUCCACUCCUGCUGGGGUGUCCUGAAACCCUGUCCUCAGAGAUGUGUCCAUGUUUUUUGUUUUGAUUUUGGGUAUUUUUUGUUUUGUUUAUUUUUUUUAAUGUUUGUGGGUUUUGAUUCCGUCCACACAAGCACUGGCUCUUGUUAGGUCUGUUGGAAGAGUUGUAUCCUGGGGUUUUCCACAGAAGAUGUGUCACACUGAUGAGAAGGGACCUCAUGCUGACAGACAGACAGACAAACAGACAGACAGACAGACAGACCAUGCUUUCACUACUUCAACAGGCUCAGCUGGCAGCAAAGCCCAGGAGGUCUGAAAGGGGGAGUCAGCUCUGGCUGCAAGGACAGGUCGGAGGGCGACGGGGAUGAGGCAUGGUAGCGUUUGUCAUCCAUGGAAUAAAACAUUAUUUUACCAC